AUGGCAAAUGGCUUCGUCUCAUCUGAAGGAACAAUGACAGUUGAAGAUGUAGCCGAGGAGAUAAUUAGUGAACUAUGCUGGGCAUCAUUUUUUCAAGACAUUGAAAAAGAUGAUCUCGGCAAAGUUAGGUGCUUCAAAAUACAUGAUCUACUUCAUGACCUCGCUCAAUAUGUUAUGGGUGAUGUGUGUUGCACUGUAAAUGAUGAGAUGCCCAUUGAACACCCAAAAAGAACUCGCCAUCUCACAAUUUGGCCAUAUGCUUGGAAACAAAUCAAUUCUGCUUGCCAAUUUGGAUCCUUAAGGACAUGUCGCUUCCAACCGGCAAAUCGUGCUCUCCUUUCACCAAAUGUAUUGAGACCACUUGAAUCUUUGCGAGCACUUGAUUUGGCAAAUGCAAAUAGAUUAAAUAUGUUACAUUUAUCAGUAAUUACUCAUUUCAAAUAUCUAAGAUAUUUGAAUCUUAGUAGAACUUCUAUUAAAAAGCUUCCGGAGUCCACAAGUAGCCUAUGCAAUUUGCAGGUUUUGAAUCUUAAUGAUUGUGAUAAACUCCAGCAGUUGCCUCGCCAUCUAAAAUACCUAAAAGCUCUUCGACAUCUCUACUUAAGAUGGUGCAGUUCAUUGGUUCGCAUGCCUCAUGAAAUUGGUCAGUUGACUUCUUUGAAAACCUUGAACAUUUACAUAGUAGGCAAGAAGAAAGGGCUAAGGUUAGAUGAAUUAGAACAAUUAUGCCUUAGAGGGGAACUCCACAUCAAGAACUUGGAAAGAGUAAGAGACGCAGCAGAUGCCAAGAAAGCCAAUUUAAUGGUUAAGCAGCUAAAUGAGUUGCUCUUGGAAUGGGGAAGAAAUGAGCAAUCUAAGUUGCAACAAAAUGUUGAACAGAUACUCAAAGCCCUUGAACCUCAUCCAAAGCUCAUAAAGUUAGAGGUGGGAGGAUACCAAGGUAAUUGUUUCCCAGAUUGGAUGGGCAAUCCUGACUUCAAGAAUUUGUGUUUCAUGAAACUUGUGGAUUGCUGGAAUAGUCAAAAACUCGCCCCACUAGGGAGAUUACCUUCUCUAAAAAGACUUGUAAUAUGCUGCAUGCAUAAUUUGAAAUAUGUUGAUGAUGAAUCUUAUGAUGGGGGAGUAGCUAGAGGAUUUCAGUCUCUAGAGUAUUUAGUGUUGAGUUGCAUGCCAAACUUGGAAGGGCUAUCAAAAGUGGAAGAGGUAGGUAUGUUCCCACAUCUUACCAGACUCCAUGUCCGGGCAUGUCCGAAAUUGACCUUCCCCUCCCUUCCAUCUGUUAGGCAAUUAAGUUUAGCAACUCACUGUAAAUGCAGUGUUGGUUCGGUCUCUCAACAAGUAUUAAUCCAGAUUCCUCUUACCAUGGGGAGUUGCAACACUAUACAACUAGAUUCACUUGGCAAUCUUAGUUGUCUUGAACAACUCUACCUUUCAAGAGACAGAGAGUUGAGUUCCUUUCCAGUGGGGAUGUUUGGAGACCUUGCUUGUCUCAGAAAACUUCACAUUGUUAAGUGCAGCAAAAUGGAGGCACUACCAAGUGGACUGGCUAACUGUAUUGCUCUUGAAGAACUAAGUAUUAGCAGCUGCCAUAGCCUGGAGUCAUUAACAGGUCAAGUGUUGAAUGUUUUAUGCUCUCUCCGAAAAUUAGAAAUUGUUGACUGUGAUAAAUUCAAGGGCUUAUCCGCAAGUUUUCAAUGUCUUACUUCCCUCCAGCAUAUGAGAAUUGAGGGGUGUUCACAAGUAACGGCCUUGUCAGAAGAUUUACAACACAUGCCACCAGUGUUGAAAUCAAUAACUCUGAGGAACCUUCAAAAUCUAGAGCAUAUGCCUAACUGUUGGGCAAGUGUCAGGUCGCUUCAGUACUUAUACAUUGAGGAUUGCCCACAGUUGAGGUCUCUUCCACUAUGUGUUGGUGGAUGGCUUCACAAUUUGAAAACAUUCGCCAUUUUAAAUUGCCCAGAGUUACAGAAUCCAUUUCAGAGGGAAACAGGCCAGGAUUGGCAUUGGAUUCGCCACAUCCCUGAUGUUUUUGUGUAA